GCGGAGCAAACCCCGUAACGUGAGGCAGCAGCGGUUUGAGACCGCCGUCCCCUGUCCUGAGUGAGCACAAGGUGAGAAGCGGCCGAGCGCGGCACGCGGGAGCCCUCUGGGUGUCCGAACACACGACAGCCCCACGCUCGCUCUGGCGGGGCUGUCGGGACCAUGGCCCGGGAGAAAUGCUCCCAUCUCCUGUUCUGAGCAACGUACUCAGCAGGAUGGCGCAUGCAAGCAGGCAGGGCUGGGUGCCCUAGGUCCAUCAAGUGCCAGUCCGUCGUUAAUUCAUUUGCAUUUUUGACUCCGUUCAGUCGCAGUUGCCGCUUACAUAUGGGGAUGCAGGCCUGAAGACCUCCAGUCCCAUGGGGAUUGAAUCUGGCAGAAAACGUAGGUCUGAUGUGUGUGACUGCAACGAGGAAAUGCUACAAACCAAAGUUUCUUGCUAGGUUUUUUCAGUGGAAAAAAAACAAUUCUAUGAGUGUUACUUUAAAGUCGGUGCCGUACAGAAAUGCGUUUAUUUUUCCGUCCUGCUGCUCUGUAUGGUGAAACCCCCGUCAAUAUGCUCAGAAAAGAUGUGCAAGUGUAACUAAACCAGAGGAAUCCGCCCCAAAAUACUUGCAGAAAGCACUCGACAAGCCAGCGUGCUCCGAAGCUCGCUUUGACCCAUGGGUGCUGACGGUGGCGGCGUGGGAAGGACGGCGCUUGGCAGGCUCCGGGGCUUGUCCCGCGGUUCUUCAGUACAAGUUAACCCGUCCGUGCCUCGGGCAGCGCUCGCGAGGCCGCGCUGCUUCCGUUUCUGCACGUUUCCUGGCUGUUUGGCUUCCUGCAAAGGCAGAGCUCUGCUUUUCUUGAAGCUGCGGCUGGCAAAGUCCCACUUUGCAGUCGCGUAAGAACAAGCAGACGGAGCGCCGGCAGCGCUGCCUUGCAGUGCCUCCAGGCAUUUUCCCUGCUCACACGACUGCUUUGGUUACACUGUGUUAUGCCCUAGGGAAGGGCGCUGGCCCCGCUUCGUGCUGCCAGUCCUUGGCGAAAGCCAGCACGUGGAGCAGCCCCGCUCCGAGCAUCCUCCGUCCCGGCCCGUUCGCACCCUGGGUCCACGUGGGUGCGGGCACAGCUGGCAUCAGCGGGCACUGCUGCCCGAAACUCCGCCUUGGAAAGCGCCAAGCUUGGGGAACUUCAGAGCAGAAGCUGACUUUAUUUCUCUGUUGCCAGCCUGGGGGUGCCAGCAAUUCUGCAAAGCCCUACAGAAACCCCGGGGCAGGAGCUGUGGGAUGUGCACUGUCACGAGCAGGCAAAAGCACGCCGUGUCUGCCCUGUGGGCUGGCUCCCCACCCGAAAUCUAAGCUGGCACCAGUACCCCCGAUGCAAAAGGGUGGCUUGGUUCGUCUGGCCCCGGCAGCACGGGGCUGUGCCCCUGCCUCCCUGCAGCAGGGCAGCCGCCGCUCGCCCCGUCCUGCUCCGGUCGGCAGUGCCUGGGAGCGGGGCUGCAGCAGGACUGAUCGCAACGCCGAGCCCGCUGCGGCUGCUAAUCGAGAGGCUGCCUUUUAAUUGUGGCAGCUGCUUGCGUUUCCGCGCCCGGCGCCGAGCAGAAUAACUAAUGCCUGCAGCCUGCGAAGCGCAGCCGGCGGAGAGCCAGCCCGGGGCGCAGCCUGCAGCAUCAGGGCGAACCAGCUCAUCUGCCGCAGCUUGUCAGAGGAUGGGGCACUGACAGCCUGACCAGACCACAUCAUGGAGAAGACAGAUGCAACCGGCCAGCCGCCCCAGCCCGACGGGGACGGGCAGCAGCCCCGAAGCCUCCCCUACUCCGUGGAGACGCCGUACGGCUUCCACCUGGACCUGGACUUCCUGAAGUACGUGGACGACAUUGAGAAAGGGAACACCAUCAGGAGGGUCCACAUCCACCGCAAAGCCAAGCAGCCGAAAUUCAGCACGCUGCCCCGAAACUUCAGCCUGCCCGAGAACGGCUCCCGCGGGUAUGCGGCCACUGCUGGCCCAGGCUGGCUGGCCACCUCGUGCCGCGCACAGCGCAAGGCUUCGCUGGGGGCGGAGGAGACGCCGCGGUCCCCCGUGCCCGGCGAGGAGCCCAGCUACCGCAGGAAAGCCCUCCUGGCCGAGACGUGGCGGCACGCCGAGCUGGUGCGCUGUGAGGACGAGCUCCAGGGGCGGCCGCAGCUGCUGCGAGCCUCCAGCAUGCCCGCGGCGCUGCCGCCCGGCCAGCCCCUGGCUGGGGAUGGGUGCGGGCUGUGUCCCCUCCGGUCACCCUCCCAGCCUGGUGACAAUGAGAGCUGCCCUGAAAGCACGUUUCGUCCCGCGCUGCGUUCACCCAACGGCAUCACCUCGAGCCUGCCCCAGGACUCGUUCCUGCAGCAGCAGGAGCAGCCAGGGAAAGGCAGCCCCGUGCGGGAGGGCUGGCACGGGGAGGUCCCCAAGGAGAGGGCACCCACACAGCCCCCAUGGCAAGGCCAGCACGCCGCAGUGCAGCAGCUGCAGGUGGUGGUGGAGAGCGGGGCCGAGGAGGGCGAUGCUGCCGACGCGGUGUCAGCCUCGCCGGGUGCCCCCCAGCUCGCAGAGGGAAGCGUGAGCCUUGGGAGAGUGGAGGAAAGCAUAAGUGAAAUCGCUCCAAAUGUGCUGAAGAAAGAUGAAUACGGGGGUGCCCGCACUCAAGAGGAUGAAGAGGAGGGAGGAGAUGCAGGCGAGCCUGGUGGGAUCGCCGCUCUGAAGCAGCAGAUUGCCGCGCUGGAGGAGCAGCUGAGCAAGAAGAAAGAAGAGCUGGAGCAGAUUAGAGCAGUGUUGGAGCAGCAGGAUCAUGAGAUCAAGGAAAAGGAGAAGAGCAUCAAGUUACUGGCCAGCUCCAAAGCCCAGCUGGAAGAGCAGCUGUGCCGGGAGAACACGCAAGUGGCCACGGCACCGUCUGGGCAGCGCAGCAGCACGUUGCAGUACUACGAUGCUGCGGUGAACACCGAACCCUCACACGUGAAUGGCUCCAAGGAAGCCCAUGACAAGGGUGUGAAUGUAAAUAUCCCCCUCUCCACCAAAUCCAUCGGGUGCGGUGUGCACAGAGCGGACAACAUGAACUCACGGGUGGUGGAGGUGAGUGCUCAGGGAGAGCAGGGAUGGGCAGGUGGUGGCACAGAGGGACCUGGACAUUUUGCUGAGCUCACAGAGACCGAAGCUGACCUGGGGCCUGGCCUUCAUGCCCCGUGCUUAACUGAGCUGAAGAUUGACGAGCAAUUCAGCGAUGACAACCAAAACCAGAGAAAUAACUACGAUACCCAGAGUCUCGCUGCUCAUGCAGCGACUGCGGCAAGCUAUCGAGCAACAAAAACUGACUCAAACACAGGCAAAACCAAGGCAGGCUUCGAUGAAGACAAAACUGAAGAUGGGAUGGAAGAUGACGGUCACCCUGACCACAAAGAUUUCCCUGCUGUUGACCCCAUAGGCCAAUAUGUAAAGAAAAUCCAGGAGCUGCUGCAGGAGCAGUGGAUGUGUUUGGAGCAUGGCUACCCCGAGCUAGCAAGCGCUAUCAAACAGCCGGCCUCCAAGCUCAGCUCCAUCCAGAACCAAUUAGUUAAUUCCUUAAACUCGUUGCUGUCUGCCUACUCUACGCAGAGGCCAGCAGAUAAGGAGAAUUCGAACACGCACUAUCAACAGUUGGAAAUCUCUCCAACCACAAGUCUUAAAUCUAUCAUGAAAAAGAAAGGUUAUGGUUUCCAUGCAGGAGGCAAUGGGACCAAAAAGAAUCUUCAGUUUGUUGGGGUAAAUGGUGGCUACGAAACGACUUCAAGCGAAGACACAAGUUGCGAAGACAGCCCAUCGGAGGGGGACGCAGAGAGCGAGACUGAGAGAAGAGCUGGUGGUUUGGAGCCCACACAGGAGGAAGGUGGAGGUGAAAGCAAGGGGGCUUCAUCAGGCACCUCCUCGGAGGAGAGACGUGAAGAUGAUGACCUGGAGGAGCCUGUGGCAGAAGCAACGCCUGGCACUGAGCACAAGGCUGACAGAUGCAAACCCUCUGAAGAUUUCCUUGCUGACUGCCAGCUGCUCAGCCAGCACCUCUCGGAAAUAAGGACCACAAGCGACAAGCAUCUGCGGCAUGUCCUCAGCACCGUCUGCCAGGAGUGGUUCCGGGUGUCGAGUCGCAAGUCCUCCAGCCCCGAGGCGGUCGCAGCCUACCUCCAGGCGCUGGGGGCCAUCCAGCCGCAGCUCCUGGAGGCGGUGGUCAACCUGGCUGACAGGAACGGCAACACAGCUCUUCACUACAGCGUCUCCCACUCCAACUUCCCGAUUGCAAAGCUCCUGCUGGACACAGGGGUCUGCCGCCUGGACCUGCUGAACCGAGCGGGCUACACGGCCGUGAUGCUCACCCCACUGGCGGCUGCUGAGACGGGCGAGGAUAUGGCCGUGGUGAUGAGGCUGCUGAAGGAGGGGGACGUCAACGUGCGAGCCGCCCAGGGAGGCCAGACCGCCCUCAUGCUGGGGGUGAGCCACGAGCGGGAGGACAUGGUGCGGGCCCUGCUGUCCUGCCAGGCCGACGUCAACCUGCAGGACGAGCAGGGCACCACGGCGCUGAUGGUGGCCUGCCGGCAGGGCAACGCCGACAUGGUCAGGCUGCUGCUGGCCCAGCCCGGCUGCCAGCUCGCGCUGACGGACAAGGACGGAGACUCGGCGCUGUCCCUCGCCCAGAGGAGCGCUCGCGGGGACAUCGCCGCGCUGCUGCGUCGCGCCCAGCACGGCCCCAGCGCCUCCGCCUGACGCCGAGCGAGGAGGAGGAGGUCAGGACGGAGAGGCUCGGCCUCACGGCACUGAGGGUCUUGCAGCACACGGGGGUUGAUGACCCGCAGCCAUGCCUGGAGCCUAAUUCUCCUCAUUAACCUGCUUGUGUAGCCUUAGCCAUGCCUGUUGCCACAAGUGGCUCAAAUGGUGGUUUGGAGAGUUCGAUUUCCAGAUUGCCUUGUGUUAAUGCUCACCGUGCUCUGCUCUCCGCACGGCUCCGGCGGCCGAAUUGAAGGAGGAAAGCCCAUUAGAAAGCAACACUUAGUCGUGGUAGCCUUAGGUGGCGGCUGGCCUUUUAAUCAAGCACUUACCUGUAUCGCAUUUAACUUGUAAGUUUGUGUCCUAAUAUUUAUUAUUAGCUCUUCCCCAUGUAGAAGGUGGCGGUGAUUAGUCAGUGUAGGUAACAACAAACACGAGCUGGAUGGAUUAUGGGAGACAUAAAAUCCCGUUCAUGUUUGCUCAUGCGGGCCUGAUGUAAGAAUUAAAAAUUAAUGCUGUAGGAAAAUAUUUGAGUACAGCAGACCCAAACACACAGACAUUGUUUUGCCUGGAUUCAUAAUAACCAUAUGGCUCUAAUUUUUUUCUAAUUAAGCUCGAGCCGACAGGGAAACGUCACCCAUCGGCAUGCACGGAGCCUGGGCGCAGUGUGAGGAGCAGCGAUCCCAGCCAGGUCCCUGCUGGCAUCACCCAGCAGCUGCGUGGGGCGACACAGUGAUGAGCGGGCAAACAGCCGCGCCGUGCCGUGCUUCCCCUCGCCCUGGGCUGCUGGGUGCCCACCUCAGCCCAGGAGGUGGGGUUGGAUGGAGGGGUCUGGUCCAGCCUCACCCCCGCUAACACGUAGGGCAGGCUUUUUUCUUAAAUCCUGCUGACAGAGAGCGAGGGAGGGCUCAGCCCCUGCCUUCCAACCAGCUCCACGCUGCCGUGGGUCUCUGCAUGUCGCAGUGCUGUGUCAUGGUGCCAUGUCAUGUCGCGGCGCCGUGUCGUGGGUCAGCACCCGCUGGAUGCUCCCUGUAGGGCCUGGCUGUGGUCACUGGCCCCUAGCUGACAGCACAUAGUACAGCUCCCUGACGGUGGAUCUCCUCUGCUGAAAGCAGAUCUUCUUUCAGCUGACAUCUAGUGUCUGCUCCAUUCUCUCUGCUUCCAUCAUUUUUUUAAGGAAGAAGCGCUCGCCACGCAGAACGUCCAUUUGCCUUUUUUUACCCCAUCCUCAGUGGAGUUACCUUCUUCCUGUAUGAAUAAACCCGAGUUAAACUUCA